AUGAUCGAUACAAAUGAUGACAUCAUAAAUAUAUCACUGCAAUCCAGCACAUCAGAAAAUGACUUAGCAAAUGAGUCACUAAUGUCUGACGAUUCACACUGGGAGCUACAAAGCUGUGAUUCACUGUCAGAAUUCCAUCCAAAUGUCGAUAUGACUCAUAAAGAUCCAGUAAAGGAGAGAGAUGUAAUCCUUGAGUCUACAUUUCAAAGGGAUGUAAACUUCACAGAUGGCAUCAAUUCUUCAGACUCUGCAACUUCAAAAAUGUCCCUUCCAAGCACAGAACAUUCAGAGUUAUCCACUGAAUUGUUUGAGAAAAAAGCCAGCGAAAUAAUUCUCUCAGUGUUGCAUUCUGCUAUUGAUGAAUUUCAGAACCUAAAUAAAAACCAUGUAAAUGCAUCAAGUUUAGGUACAGGUAAAGAAACAUUAGCUGAGAACUAUUUAUUCCAGAUGGUGAAGGACUGUUCUACAGAAGAUGAAGCAGAAGCCCCAGAGAAAUCCAGAAAAAGAUUGCAGAAUCUGACCAGUGAUCCAUUUAUAUCAGUUGUAGCAUCAGAAUUGGUAAAUGAUGUUAUAUAUACUCAUCAAAGCAGUGCAUGCAAAAUAGUUUGGACAAAAACAUUGGUACAAAUAAUGGCUGUACACAGACAUCUAUGGGUAGUGUAAAUGGCCCAGAUGAGAACAUUAGAAACUCAAAAAACAAAACCAUUUCUUUGUUAGAUAUUGACAGUCCGGUACUUUUCAGUUCUUAUGAAGUCAAUUGUAAUGUAUUGCUACCAACUCCAACAAGUGGUUCAGUUGAAGGGACUAAAGAGAACAAUGGCUUGAAAAGGGUAGGAGAUACAGAGGACAUUUUGAAUGGUUCCCGACACCUUGAUAGAGAGAAAUCACGAAAUGGAAUUAGUGGACAAGAUGGCAGCUAUUCUAACUUGGAAGAAAUUAUACAGGGUGAUACAGGGAAUGAAAAUCUGAUGUUUGAUUUAGGACUUGAUGGAGACCAAGAAGGCUUUUACUCUAAAUCUUUUGAAACCGAAGGUUCUAUGAACACACCUUUUUUAUUAAUAGUUUAUUAAGUGAAAAUAUGUGCUUUUCUGGAACAGAAGUAUUUGAUCCUUUUCAGUUUUCACUGUAUAAUAGCAAAUAUGUUGAAAUAGGAAGUGAUGAUGAGGCAACAGAGGAAGAAUCUGGUGAUAAUGGACAGGCCAGUGCAACUGACUUGUUUCUGACUGUACCAUCAAGGCGUGUGAAGAUUUAUCCCCUUUCUCUCUCUCCUAUAUAUGAGGAUGAUAGCUCUUGUGAAGAUGCUGCAUCCAAUAGCAGCUCACCAAGGCAUAAAAUAGGAACAACAGGUAGUGGUUCUAAUGAUCAUACAUCAAUUUUAUCUCUACUGCAGUCUGUUUCAGAUCGCUUAAAGGAGGCCAACAUAGAAGAAAUGUGUUUUGGAGGAAAUUCGACAUCUCUCAAUGAAGCAGCUACUGUCAGUGCUCUGGAUAAUACAGAUACAUCAAGGACACAGGAGAACAUGCCUUCUCCAACUAAGUCAAAUCUUGAUGCUCAGAAAAUGCCAUUAGAGGAAACAACAUCUGGAGGAAAAAAAUCUGGUUUGUUCAUUACAAAAGCAAAAAACAAGCUGAAUCCAGGUCCUGGUCGGCAGUCUUUAAUCCUAAACUUAGUAUCACAGUCUUCUACAGUUGGUGCAAAACCUUCUGUAGAAACUAGCCCAAAACCAACUGCUGAAAAUGAACUUUCACCAUCAACACCGAGUGAAUCUAGCUCCAUUCAUAAUAAAGGUCUGUCAAUAGAUGCUGCUCCUGUGACUUCUCCUUCUCCACUACAAAUGGUGACAGAUUCUGGAUUGUCUUCAUCAAAACCUGAGAUAAAAUGUCAGCCCAGAAUGUCAUCCCAAAGUGUUUACUAUCAGUAUUUCCAUUCUACUCAGAACAACUCACAUGGUUCAGAAAAUAAGGAAAGCCCAACCCAAGAAAAAGUAGAUUUACCUACAGAAAAAGAAUCCAAGGAAACAGAAGAUCUGUUAAUGAACACCAUGGAUACCGGCUGCUUAAAGUUCAACCCAAGGCCUGGAAAGGUGAUCCUGUCAGAUGUUGUACAUCAGGAGAACAAGAUUGAACUAAAAGGAGAUGCUCUUGAUGCAACAUCCUGGGUGUUCCCAAAUGGUGUAAAUAUUCGUGUGAUCAGAGGAUGCUGGAUCCUGUAUGAAAAGCCACACUUUGAAGGUCAAGCUCAUGUCCUUGAAGAAGGGGAAGCUGUGUUACUGCACCUCUGGGAUCCUCCAGGAGCCAGAGCUAAGCCAGAUAAAAUCAGCAUAGGGUCAGUGAAAAGAGUAGUGAAGGAUUACUUUCCAGAAGUUGUAAUAUCCCCUCUAGAGGACACAUUGGACUCUCCAGUUCAUAUUCAUACAGAAGUUCCAUCCUUGGAGUAUCUGGUGGACAAGCGCCCCCGAUCAUUAACAGUGAAUUCAGGAGUCUGGCUGACAUAUACCGAGCCUCAGUAUAACGGUACGGUGUCCGUGUUGGAGGAAGGCUGCGAUCUGCCUCAAAUCCAGGCAUGUGGAGUAAAAUCAAUGCGCCCUUUGAAAAUGGGCGGAUUAAAAGUGCAGCUACCAAAUGAUCCGAAGAUAAUUAUAUAUGAAAAGCCACAUUUUAAAGGGUGGUCAAGAGAGAUCACAGAACAUGUCAGCAGCAUCGGGAAGCUUAUUAGUGACGAAGACAAUACUGAUCCCCUGGAUGUUGGAUCCAUUCAAGUUGUUGGUGGAAUGUGGGUUGGCUAUGAAAAAGAACGAUACAAAGGGUACCAGUAUCUCUUGGAAGAGGGCGAGUAUGAGGACUGCCAAGCUUGGGGCGGAUACAGUAGUACAUUGCAGUCUAUUCGGUAUCUGCAGGCUAACUUUUUGGAAGCAUCUGUCACUUUGUUGGAGUUGGAUUCAGAAGAUGAAAAGCAUGUGGAUCUCUUCAAUCAGGCGAUCCCAGAUCUGGAACUGGCCGGAUAUAACACCAGACCAAAGUGCAUUCAUGUGAAAAAAGGAAUGUGGGUGGCAUAUCAGCAGAAACAUUACUGUGGUGAGCAGUAUAUGCUGGAAAAAGGACGAUACAAGAGCCAUGUGGACUGGGGAGGAAGCAGCAAUACAAUCAUGUCCAUCCGGCCAGUUUUGUUGGAGCCGCUUGGACGGAACGAAGUCAAACACUUGAUAAAGGCAUACAAAAGUACAGAUUUUCAAGGGGAGAGUGUUGACUUCACACAGCAAGUGUCAGAUUUCAGUUCUUUCAUGCCCAAGUCCUUCAAGGUCUUAAGGGGAUGCUGGCAGUUGUGCUACCAAGUUGAUGCAUGUGACAAUGUGUGUGUGUUAGAAGAGGGACAUUUCCCUGACUUGGCUUCUUGUGGAUGUCCUGCAGCUGAGAUCAAAUACAUCCAGCCAAUAGAUUAUAUCUUUGCUGAGCCCUCUAUUAGUUUAUUUGCUCUGGACUCCUGUGAGGGGAGAGAGCUACAUUUUGAGGAGGCUGUCACCUCUGUCCUGACCGAGGACCAUCAUUUCUAUACCCAGUCUGUAUGGGUAAGAAGAGGCCUGUGGAUAGCAUUUGAAGGUGCCAGUUUCCUAGGAAGACAAAUGUUACUGGACCCCCAACGAAUACUAAACUGGUCAAAGUUUAGUGGCUGGAAAGCAAUCGGGUCCCUUCGUCCCCUAAAACCGCCGGCUGUGUACUUUAUGGUAAGGAACAGACACAAAGACAAGUACCUGACUGCGACUGAGAAAUUGUCAGAUACAAGAGCUACAUUUGUUAGCGUUUCAUCCAGGAAUGGACAGAGCUCUCAGAUAUGGUACUUCACUCGAGGCUUCCUAAAAUCCAAGGCAAAUGAUUUAUGCAUAGACGUUAUUGGAGGCAAAAACAUCCCUGGAUCAAAAGUGUCACUAUGGGCAGAACAUGGCAAAACUCGACAAAAAUGGAAGAUCAACAAGGAUGGGACCAUCUCCUCAUAUAUAAGUGAUGACCUUGUCCUAGAUGUCAAAGGUGGAAAUUACUAUGAUCAGAACUACCUGAUAGUAAACACAGGCCAGGAAGAUGCCCUGACACAGAAAUGGGACAUUGAAAUACUGUGA